GGUCAAGAAGAUGAAAAUGGGCACGCCGUAGGCUUUUCUUCUAUUGGAUGCAUAACCAAGCGUCUCAACCCUUAAAGCCGGAAAAGUCAAAUCUCUCGAUAUCAGCUAUACAACAGUUAUGGAUCGCAAUUAGCAUCGGCAUAGUCGUAUUGGCCCCCCUUGCACUGUUUGUUGUAACUUUGAUCCGCACAUCAUCGGUAAUAGACACGGCCUUCCAAGCAUCCAGCGUUCAUAGGACUUCCGUUGUUAAAGCAUCCGGUGCUGAAAAGAAGACUACAAUAAACAUGGCGGCAACGGCAGUCGGUGUGGCAGCUAGCCCAUCAGCACCACCUUUCUUUGUGGCUCCUUCACGUCCAAGGAUUAUACUUUUUGGCGACAGCCUAACAGAACGGAGCUUCGAUGUUCCCAGCGGCUGGGGCGCAGCCUUGGCAUCCAACUACUCGCGCAGGGCAGAUGUGGUGAACCGAGGCCUCUCCGGGUACAACACCCGAUUGGCACUCAAAACCAUGCCGUACAUCUUCGGCCCAGCUUCCGCCUCUGCUUCUGGUUCUGGAGGCGCCGUUGCAGCAGCAGCUGCGAGCCAGGUGCUCUUUGCGACGUUGUUCUUUGGCGCGAACGAUGCAGCUAGACUUGAAGGGCCAAGCCACUCGCAGCGGCAGCACGUUCCCGUACCCGAGUACGGCGAGAACCUCCGUAAAAUGGUGUCGUACAUGCGGGAUGCGGGCGUGCAGCGCAUCGUGUUGCUGACGCCGCCGCCUGUGUGGGAGCCGGGGCGGAAGGUGCACCAGAUCAGCCGCAUGGGCGAGCAGGCGCGCGAGUGGCCGCUGGACCGCACCUCCGCCGUCACCGCCGAGUAUGCGCGCGCAGCAGCCGCCGUGGCAGCCGACCUGGGCCUACCCUGCCUGGACCUGCACACCCUCAUCCAGCAGGAGGAUGACUGGGGCGAGCGGUUGCUGUGCGACGGACUGCACUUCAGUCCCGCGGGUCAGGAGCGGCUGGGGGCGCUGCUGAGGGAGCUGCUGCAGCGGGAGUGGCCGGAUGUCAGGCCCGAGGCGCUCCCCAUGCAAUUCCCUGCUUGGGACGCCGUCAACCUCGCCGACCUGGAGGAGACGUUUGGUGGAUCCUCCUAGGUGGUGGUGGCUGCGCUCCGACACGUGCCAUGUGGCGGUGGCGGCUGCGCUGCGACACAUGCCAUGUGCCCGUGUCCCAUGAGGUGGUGGCGGCUGCGGCUGCAGCGGAGGCGUACGCAGGGACACCCGUCCAACGAGCGACGACGUUACCCCUUGCGUGUCUCAACUCUUAAGGCAUCGGACGGGUGUGGCGGUCUCGCCAAGGGAUGGCGCACUGCGGAGGUUAGAUGCUAGGAGAUUAGGUGCGAGGAGAUUAGAUGCGAGGAGAUUAGGUGCUGGGAGGCUAGAUGCCGGUACCAACCUGUGCGCUGCCGUACAUUGGACUGUUACGGAGUAAUGGGGCAGGGUAGGGCGGUAGACCGGUAGCAGGCUCUUAGUGUGCGUUGAAGUAACAACAGAAGCAGCUGCUGCUGUGAUGGACUCAUGGUAAGGGCCCUAUAGAGGCAGAGAACGCACCGAUUCUGUAAUGGCUAAGCUCAUA